ACGUUUAGUGGCGUUUACAGGGUUUACCUGUUAUUAUUAUUAUUUUUUAAAUACCAUGCCCCGAUCGUAGAGGAUAUAUCCAGAGAAUAUCAAGAAUCACGUAAAGGAUGUCUUCCUUCAGACAAUUACUUCCUUUGCGUCAUGCAGUCAGGGGUGUGAGAAGGUGUGCCCAAGGAUUUCCUCACUUCCAGAAAUGGCAGCAGCACCAUCUUCAACCCAAUGCCAUUUUUUGUUCUAUAUCUACAGAGGUUGAUAAAAGUAGUUCUUCUGAUAAAAUCAAGGUUUUGUCAGAGUCUUACAAUGAAGAAUCCAUUGAAAAACAGAUUGAAAAGUCAGGUGAAACUGACAAAGUUCCUGCAGCAUUGGAUGGAAACACAUCAACUUCAGCCUGCGAACCUGAGACAGAUCCAACUUUCCUCUGCAUUUUACAUAUACUUGAAAGUAACAAAACAGGAGGGAAAGCUGAAGCAAGGGAAUUAUAUGAUGCAGUUCUGGAGGCAUAUAAGACAGAAGAUAAACACAAACAUCUAGAAGUUUUUAUUAACAUACUGAAAGCUCUCAAUUUGAAAGGAGAUGCCAAUAGUUCAAAGCAGGUACAGAUUCUGCUUUAUUGUAAGGAAAUCAAAGGGCUGUUUGCAAGCAUUCUAAGUGCUUUUACAAUUUACAGUGAACAUGAAUUGAUGAACAUACUAGCCUGUGAUAGGAAAUUUCGAUUUUUAAGUUUCAGUCAGGAAAAAGCUCUGUGGGAAAAUAUACUUAGUCAUUUAAACAAACUUAGUAUUUUGACUUUAAUUAGAUUGUAUGAUAUGUCCAAAAAAAGAAAAGCAUGUCCUGAUGCUAGGGCAAAGAUUAUCAAAAACAUUUCAAGGCGUUGGAUGGAGGUCGAAAAGGGGACUGAAAUUUUAUCAUUGAUGAAUAUAAUGUUACAAGAAAGUAAUAGGACAUCUGACACCUCAAUGCUGGAUCGUUUGGAGGAGAAAGCUCUACAGAAAGUGGAAACAUUUAGUUUAGAUGAAAACAUCAAAACUUUGUAUACUUUGUCCAAAGGCCAAAGAAGAAACUUACCUUUAAUAAAAUCGCUGGCCUACUGCAUCAAAGAGAAAAUGACUGACCAAGUUUCCCUCAGUUCAUUAGCAUCAGUUAUGACAAGCUUAAGUAUUCUGAACAUUCAGGACUCCACUUUGCUUGGGCUUCUGUCUGACCGAGUUUCAAAGGUGUCAGGGGAGUUGAGAGAUGACUGGACUCCACAGGAUUUGAGACACCUAUCUUCAGUCCUUAUGUCCUGUGCACACCUGAGGUGGUUGAAAUCUCCCCUGGAGAAAACCUUUUUGUCACAAUUCCAAAAAUUUCAAGAUCAUUUGACCCCAAGUCAGCUUUGUCAUGCAAUAUACAGCAUGAGUAAACUGCAGUGUUUCACAAGCCAAGAGAAAGAUGUGAUAAUGCAAAUGGUGGAAAAGUUGAGAACAACAAACAUAAUAAAAGAAAAUCCCAAGCUGUGGCUCAAUAUGGUAUUGGCACUAGGAUGGAGUAACUGCUCUGAUGAAGGGCUUCUGUCUACUGUGCUUCAGCAGACUUUUGUAAAUAUCAUACAAGAGAAUUUCCCAGCAAUGGUGCCAAACAUUAGACAGCUGGAAUAUGAAACCACCAUAGCAUUUCCUAAUUUCCAGUAUCCAAAACCUAAUCUUAGAAGUCUCAAACCAAACAGGACCUCCUCCAAGCCUGAUUCUACAGUAGAAGGUGUGAUAGAAAUGGCUCAUAUUUUGGAUCGUAACAUGGAGGACGGUGUUCAGACACGCGUACUUACUCCUCAGGGACAUGAAAUAGAUGUGUUGGUGUUGGUCGACAACAAUGGGAAAGUAAUUCCAUUCUCAAGUACUCAAGGAUCCAGUGUUCAGAAGGUUGCCAUCAAAGUUUUGAGGUACCAGAAUACAAUUAAACCUCUACUGAAGCCCACUGGGGAUGUCACUAUGUGUUUACGACAUCUCAAGUCUCUAGGAUAUAAAGUGGCGGUGAUACCAUACUAUUCAUGGGCAACAAUCCAAGGCAACUCUUCAAAAUUAAUGUAUCUGGAGAGAGCAAUUUCAGACAGUAUGAAACAAUAAAAUAAAGAAUAUGAUUGUAUUUAUAAUGUAAAAUUUUAAUUUAAAUUGUGUUGAGAAUAAAAAUAUUUUUAAUUUC